AUGUUGAUCGACGGGAAAGAAGUGUUAACGGCCGAAGAGAAGCGUCUGAAGGAAGAUCGCGAGAGAACAAAGUACUGGAAGCGCUGGGGACCGUACGUUGCGGAGAGACAGUGGGCUACUGUCCGCGAGGAUUACAGCGCAGAUGGCGAUGCUUGGAGCUAUCUGACCUACGAUGACGCUCGGUCGCGCACUUAUCGGUGGGGUGAGGAUGGUAUCGCCGGUGUCUCCGAUACCCACGGCCUGCAGAACAUCGCCUUUGCCUUUUGGAACGGGGAAGACGACUUCCUAAAGGAGCGUCUGUUUGGCUUGUCCAACCCACAGGGUAACCAUGGUGAGAGUGUCAAGGAAGCGCAUUUCCAUGUGGACAAUACUCCGACGCACUCUUACAUGAAGUUCCUCUACAAAUACCCCCAGAGGAAGUUCCCCUAUCAAGAUCUCGUUGAUGAGAACGCCAAGCGCUCGCGCUUGGAGAAAGAGUACCAGAUCCUGGAUACUGGUAUCUUCGAUGAGAAUCGCUACUGGGACAUCUACAUCGAGACUGCCAAGGAAGCCGAUGACGAGGAGGAGCUUAUCUUCCGUGUCAUUGCCUACAACCGUGGCCCGGAGCCUGCCCACCUACACAUCGUGCCACAUGUCUGGUUCCGCAACACGUGGGCCUGGGGUGACGAGAAGAAAAAGGAAAAGCCCACCAUCAAGAAAGACGGUUCCCUGGUCGCCAAGACCGAGCACAGCAAGAUCGGCGAGCGCUAUGUCUCAUUUGCGCCCUCGCCUCCCGUCGGUGACAGUGACGACGACGUUCAGCCUGAGCUGAUGUUCACUGAGAACGAGAGCAACAACAAGCUGCUAUGGAAUACCGAAAACAGCUCUCCAUACGUGAAGGACGCCUUCCACCGCCACAUUGUGGAGGAAGAGAAGGGUGCUAUCAACCCAGACAACGAGGGCACCAAGUUCGCUGCCUGGUACGCAUUCAACAACGGCGAGGGUGUCCCUCCCGGCGAGUGUGCUGUCGUUCGUUUCAAAGUCUCGCGCAAGAAGGAAGAGUUCGUCGACGAAGAAGUUGUCGAUGAUGUUAUUGAACAGCGUCGCGCUGAGGCCGAUGACUUCUACUAUCACCUCAACCCUCUCCCCAUGAGCGAAGAUCUCCGCAACAUCCAGCGUCAAGCUUUCUCUGGAAUGAUGUGGUGCAAGCAGUACUACAACUUCAUCUGGGACCAGUGGGCGAACGGCGACCCCGCCGAAAUCCCUCCCCCAGAGGGUCGAAAGGGUAUUCGCAACGAGCAGUGGCGUCACUUAUACAUUGACGAUAUCUUGUCUAUGCCUGACUCGUGGGAAUAUCCCUUCUUCGCUGCUUGGGAUACUGCGUUCCACUGUAUCCCGCUGGCGAUGAUGGACCCCGAGUUUGCGAAAAAGCAACUCGACCUUCUGACUCGUGAAUGGUACAUGCACCCCAACGGCCAGCUUCCUGCCUACGAGUGGAACUUCGGUGACGUGAACCCUCCCGUGCACGCGUGGGCUGUGUUCCGCACAUUCAAGAUCGAGCGUAAGAUGUACGGAAGGCAGGAUCUUGAUUUCCUCGAGCGUGUUUUCCAAAAGUUGCUGCUGAACUUCACUUGGUGGGUCAACCGCAAGGACACCAGUGGCAAGAACGUCUUUGAAGGUGGCUUCUUGGGCCUUGAUAACAUUGGUCUGUUCAACCGCUCGGAGCCCUUGCCCACCGGUGGUGUUCUUGAGCAAGCUGACAGCACUGGUUGGAUGGCAUUCUACUCCCUGACCAUGCUGAACAUUGCUUUAGAACUGGCCAAGCACCGUCGCAUUUAUGAAGACAUUGCGUCCAAGUUCUUCGAGCACUUCCUGCUCAUUAGUGAUGCCAUGACUUUCCGUAACGGAGAUGACACUGUGCAGUCACUCUGGAACGAAGAUGACAGCUUCUACUACGAUGCCAUCUCCUACGGUGGACCGUGGACCCAGCAGCUGCCCAUCAGGUCUCUUGUCGGCUUGAUCCCUCUCUACGGUGUUCUCACCCUAGAGCCUGAGCUGAUCAACAAGUUCCCCUCGUUCAAGCGACGAGUAGAAUGGUUCAUCGAGAACCGAUCCGAUGUUGCUGAGCGCAACAUUGCUAGCAUGAAACACCGCGGUAAAGACGACAGACUCCUGCUUGCCCUUGUAAGCAAAGAUCGUCUGAUCAAGAUCCUCGAGCGCAUGCUCGACGAGACCGAGUUCCUCUCCAAGCACGGUAUCCGUUCCAUGUCCAAGUACCACGAGGAAAACCCUUACUCCAUGGACGUCAAUGGCGAGACCUUCAAGGUCGGCUACGUCCCAGGAGACUCGGACUCUGCCCUCUUCGGCGGAAACAGCAACUGGCGCGGCCCUAUCUGGCUCUGCGUCAACUUCCUACUCGUCGAGUCCCUCCUGCGCUUCUACAUGUUCUACGGCGAUACCCUGCAAGUCGAAUGCCCCAAGGGCUCAGGCGACUACAUGCACCUGGGCCAUGUAGCCGAAGAGCUCCAGCACAGAAUGCAGCACCUGUUCGCGCGAGACGACGAAGGCCGUCGCGCCGUGAACGCCGGCUCCGACCUCCUCGACUUCGAUGAACACUGGAAGGACAACCUCUGGUUCCACGAGUUCUUCGACGGCGACACAGGCCGCGGUCUCGGUACUUCCCACCAGUGCGGCUGGACCGGUCUGAUCGCCAAGAUCAUCCACGAUACCGGUAUCAACUGUCGUCUGCCGCAGACUCCUCGCUCGCCCUUCGCGGCUGCUUCGCACUACUUCGAUGAUAUCUUCUCUCGCUCUGGUCGUCCUCGCGGCUCUGGCCGUCCGUCCGUUCGUCGGUCCUCGACGACACGUUCGAUCGGUAACCGCAGUGACUUCUACUCUGGAGAAGCGACGCCCGCUGCCUCCACUGUCCUAGACGACGAGGAAGAGAGUCGUGGUCCUAGCCGUGCUGUGAGUCGUCGUGGUAGCACUGUUGAUCCGGAAAAUGAGGAUCAUGUCAGUCACUACGUCGAGAGCCAAUUGCAGCGUGUGCGUAGCUCGGCUUCGAUUGCGAACUAUGAGGACGAGUUCGAGACCAAGGCUGAUAAGUCGAAUGGCGAGAAUGGUCAGAACGGUCACUCGUAA